AUGGAAGGGUCUGCUAUAUUCAAGAUCACAAAGUACUGCAGUUCGCACACAUGUUCCAUAGGAAUUUUGAAUCACGACCAUAGACAAGCAACUGCUACGGUUGUUGGUCAACUCAUCAAAGAUAAGUUCACAGGCAUAGGAUGUAUUUAUAAACCUUGUCAUAUCGUUGAGGAUAUGAUGAGAGAUGAUGGCGUGAACAUAAGUUAUGAUAAAGCAUGGCGUGCAAGGGAAGCUGCGUAUGAUCUCACUAGAGGUACUCCAAAAUACUCAUACUCCAUACUACAUGCCUAUGGAGAAGCGCAAAAAAUAGAGAAUUCGGGUAUAGUCUUUGAGAUCGAACUUGAGGAUGAGGUGCAUUUCAAGUAUAUGUUUAUGGCAUUAGGGCCUUGUAUCAGAGGUUUUGCAAGCUGUCGGCCUUGUAUUACUGUUGAUGGGUCACACUUGAAAGGAAAAUACAAAGGCACCAUGUUGGUUGCGGUUUCUAUGGACGGGAACAAUCAAUUAUACCCACUAGCAUAUGCAAUAAUAGACAAUGAAACCGAUCGAUCAUGGAAAUGGUUUAUGUCAAACUUGAAAUGCAGUAUCGGAGAACCCGAUAAUUUGGUGUCUGUAUCUGAUCGGAUGGAUAGCACGGUUGUUAGGAUAUUUAGAGAUGCAGUAAGAGCAUUUCGCAUGACAGAGUUCCAAACAAAAUGGGAUGAACUCCGUAGUUUUAGAGAUGGUGCUGUCAUGAAAUAUUUAGAAGACAUCGAUCUUCAAAGGUGGGCACGGGUUUACCAAAUAGAAUGA